ACGCGAUAGACCCCUAUUUCGGAUUGAAGCGGGUGAUAUAUAUUGUCGCCUCUUCAACUAGAAUUUCAAUUGUAACGUAAUGGACGAAAUUUCUCGUUUUGAACUCUUAAUCGAACAAUACGAAAAGUAAUCAGUACACUUACACACAUCAAUCGUCAAUAUAGCCAUGUCGACUGGUGGUACAGGCGGAAACCCGAUCUGGGGGUUCAACCAAGGCGCCGCGAACGCGCAGCCGAGCGUGGAUCAAUCAGACGACCCGGAUCCAAAGGGAACGGCAGCCGGAUAUGUUCCCGACCAAGGAGAAGGCAAGUCCCUCCUCGGCUCCCUCAAAGAAGCCUUGAAACCGGGCGAUGCCAAGAGGCAACAGCAGCAACAGCAAGGCUCGGGACACAUGGGAGACUUCACGCACGACGGCCGACACGGCGGUGUGGAGGAGACCAUGAUGCGAGGGCAUCGCGACUACGACGAAUCCCAAGAAGGGCCUCAAUCCCAUCGCAACGGCAUGAGGACCGGCGGCGUGGUCGAAUCCGUGAUGCCCGGACAGAAGGACCACGUCAACAAGGAAAAGGGCGGCAGCAGUAUCCUGGGAGCGAUGAAGUCCGCCGCCGAAGACAUGCCGGGCACGCUGAGGAAGGCGAUGGGUAGCCAGGAUUCGGGUAUGAAGAAUAGUGGAGGUAUUACCGGGAAGACGGAGCGGAACUCUAAGUUCGAUAAAUUCCCUGCUACGGAGAAUUAUCUGGGCCCUCAGCCCGGCGAGGAUAGGGACGCGGCUACGCGGGUCUCUGCGUUUGAUUCUCAGGGGUCGGUCGGGCAUCAGUUCUCGUCCGAAGGGCACAUCGGCGGUACAGCACAGAAGGUCGGCGGCCCCUUUUCGAAGGAGGGCGCAGUCGGUCGUCAGUUCACUGACAAGGGAUCCGUGGGCGGAACGGUCCAAGACACGAUGGGACAUGGGGAUGCCACGAGGAAAGGAACUUGAGUGAUAUUAUGUGGUUAUGCUAUAAAAUAGUCAACGGUGUAUACAGGCGUAAAUGUUGGGGAUUAUAUGUGUUUGCGGAUAUUAGAUUAUUUCACCUGAAGUGUGAUAUCUAACUGUGACUAAUAUGUAAGUAGAUAUUGUGAGAUGGUUGGCAUGACUGUCUAAACGUGAUCU